AUGAAAAUUAUUUAAAAGCAAUAGAACUAUAUACAUAAGCAAUUAAAUUAGAUGAUUAAUCUUUUGCAUAUUUUCAUAAUCGCUCUCUGGCUUAUUAUUUAUCAGAAAAAUUUGAAGAGUCUUUAUAAGAUGCGACAUAAUGUAAAAAUUUAAACCCUGAAUAUAUUUAAGCAUAUUUAAGAGAAUCAUCAGCUUUACUAUAAUUAGAUAGAUUAGAAGAGUCAUUUUAAGUAUUAGAAAAUGGAUUAAAAUUGGAUAAUCAAAAUGAAGAAUUAUUAUAAUUAAAAUAAAAAAUAUAAUAAGAAAUAAAUUAAGUAUAUUUUAAAAAAGUUAAAAAAUUAUUAAAUUAAAAAUUAAAAAAAAAGUUAAAUAUAUUACCUCCUAAUCAUCCUGAAAUUGUAGUUCAUUAAAAACUUUUAGAUUGGCUAAAUGAUGGAAAAGCUGAAUUCAGUAACUUAAGAAUAUAAACCUAUUGUAAAAAUUAUAGAGGAGUACAUACACGAAGAAAAAUUUAUAAAUCCUGACUCACUUUGGUCUAUUUAUAUAAAUAUUCUUCCAAGUGAUUAUAAUCAAUAUCCUAUAUUUUUCCCAGAAGAAGAUCUCGAAUGGCUUUCCGGUUCUCCAUUUUUGAAUUAAGUACUUGAAAAAAAAGCUGAUAUAAAAAGAGAUUAUGAUGAUAUAUGCUCAAUAGCUCCAGAGUUUGCAAUAAACACAUUCCAAGACUUUUGUUGGGCAAGAAUUACUGCUUCUUCAAGAGUUUUCGGUCUUUAAAUAGAUGGAUAAAAAACUGAUGCUUUUGUGCCUUUGGCAGAUAUGUUGAAUCACAGAAGACCGAAAUAAACCUCUUGGUAAUACGAUGAUAAUAGACAAGGUUUUAUAAUUGAAGCUUUAGAAGAUAUUCCUCGAGGGGAUUAAGUAUAUGACUCUUAUGGGUAAAAAUGCAACUCGAGAUUUUCCUUAAUUAUGGAUUUAUUAAUAUGA